CUUCUAGACUCAGGAAACAGGAGGCUGUAGAAGCUACUACUUACCAUGUGGGGCCCCGUGUUUCCCGCCGUGAUUCUAGGAGGAGUCGUCUUCUACGUAGCUAAGCGGCUAGCUCGUCCGCGAAAGGCGCUGAGUCUGGAAUGGGAGGCCGGCAGGCGCAAGGCACGGCAGCCGCACAAGAAGCCUCCUUCGUUCUACGCGGCACACGGCGUGGCGUCCAGUGAGGAGUACUUCAUCAACUCGCGCGGGGUAGAGCUGUUCACCAAGGAAUGGCUGCCCAGUGAUGGGCGGUUGAGAGGAGUGGUGCUGUUCUGCCAUGGGUACGGGGAGACGUGCACGUACAUCUUCGAAGACGUGGCGGUGAUGCUGGCAGCAGCAGGCUACGCCUUAGUAGGUGUGGACUAUGAGGGGCACGGGCUCUCAGCUGGUCGCCACGGGUACAUCCCCAGCUUCACUCGCUUGGCAGAUGACGUGAUCGAGUUUGCCAACCGGCUGCGAGCCAAUCCCAGGUUCUCUCACCUGCCGUUUUUCCUCUAUGGCGAGUCUCUGGGAGGGGCCAUGGCGAUUCAAGUUUCCAGGAGGGACCCCACUCCCUGGAACGGAGCAGUUUUGGUUGCGCCCAUGUGUAAGAUUUCCAAGGAGCUCACCCCCCCUGCGCCUGUCAUCUUCGUCCUCACCUGCCUCUCAUACAUCUUCCCCACCUGGAAGCUCGUGCCUGUCAGCGCCAACCCUGAGAACUGCUUUCAGGUGCCUGAGAAGCGGGAGAGGGCCGAGAACCACCCUUUGCAUACCAGGACAAGCCCCGCCUAGGCACAGCGCUGCAGCUACUGUGGACCACUCAGGACAUCGGCGGCCACAUGGAAGAGGUGAGAGGGUGGGUGUGUGGUAGUGUGUCUGUAUACU